CAUUCCCAGCUGUGGACCAGCUCGGUUUGAGAAUACCGCCAGGUCGCAAAGACCGCAGCCUUUUUGCCUCCGCCGCGGCGGGCUGGGGCAGGGCCAGGGGCGGAGUCUUAAGCCCAGACUCCGGGUUCUUGCCUCUGAUUGAGUGGGGCGGGUCCCGGGACGGGUCCCGGGCGGGUCCCGCUCUGCUUUUGACAGCUCUCUUGAACAGCCGCAGCCAGCCAAGUCCCGCGGGUUGGGGAACCUGUGGCCCAGCUCUCCGCGCGUCCCCGUCCCCCCCGUGGCCCUGGCCCUGGCCAUGAAGCGCAUCUUCUCCUGCUCCAGCUCACAGGUGGCGGUGGAGAGAUGGAACUGCCGUGAUCAGAAGCUACUGGAGGCAGUGCAGCGGGGGGAUGUGGGACGCGUGGCUGCCCUGGCCUCCAAGAAGUCUGCCCGACCCACCAAGCUAGACUCAAAUGGCCAGUCCCCGUAAUCCCUUCAUCCUUCUGCCUCCUGGCCUUGAUUCUGGCAGGUUUCAUCUGGCAGCCUCCAAAGGCCUGACAGAAUGUCUGACUAUCCUGCUUGCAAAUGGGGCUGAUAUCAACAGCAAGAAUGAGGACGGAAGCACUGCCCUGCACUUGGCCACCAUAUCCUGCCAGCCACAAUGUGUCAAGGUCCUACUGCAGCAUGGCGCCAAUGAAGAUGCUGUGGAUGCAGAAAAUCGGAGUCCACUGCACUGGGCAGCCUCCUCUGGCUGUGCCUCAAGUGUGCUCCUGUUAUGUGACCAUGAAGCCUUCCUGGAUGUCCUGGAUAAUGAUGCACGUACACCUCUGAUGAUUGCAUCUUUGGGUGGUCACGCAACUAUCUGCUCACAGCUACUGCAGAGAGGCGCCCAAGUAACCGCCACAGACAAGGAUGACAAGUCAGCUCUGAUCCUAGCCUGUGAGAAAGGCAGUGCUGAGGUGGCUGAACUGCUCCUGAGCCAUGGAGCGGAUGUGGGGGCAGUGGACAACAUGGGGCAUGAUGCUCUGCAUUAUGCUCUCCACACACAAGACAAGGUCCUGUGGCGGCUGCUGCGGCAGGCCCUGAACCGGCGCCAACAGGCAGGUCAGGAGCUAGUUCAACACCCAGAUCUUGCAUCCCAGGCUUCUCCAUCUGAGCCUCAGGUGGGUUUUCCACCUAAGAGCCCAUGGAAAGCAGAGCCUAAGGAGGAGCAGGAAGAAGAGGAAGAUGAAGACCCAGUCUCAGAGGAGUGGAGAUGGAAGUAUGAAGAGGAGAAAAAUAAAGUUUCUCUAUUGGAGGAGGAACUGGUGCGAAAGACUGAAGAGUAUAAGGCUCAAGCUGCAGCCUACUUGGGCCUGGAGAACCAGAUUCGAGAGCAGUUGCAGGAGCUAGGGGUCCUUGUAUCCCCAAAGCCUGGAGCUUCAGGAGGGCAGGGCUCUAGUCUCUGGCCUGGAGGGGAUGGCAUGGACCAGGGCUGUCCCCUGGACCUGCUGGCUGGAUGCAUACGAGAGCUAAAGAAUCAGCAGCAGGCAACAGCCACAGCAGCCCCAAAUCUAGUAUUAGCUUAUAAGAAGGCUGAGGAACCAGGCCCUUGGGGGAGCCAGGAUGAAGCCCAUGGAAGGUCCCAACCAGAAGAACAGGGGCCACCCCAGAGCCAAAGGCCUCAGACCAUUGGGAAAACCACAGGACAGCAACUGACUACCAUUGGUGGGCAGGCCCUUAGCCCUGAUCCAACCGACAAGCUGUAUGUUGGCCAGGAGAGGCCCCAGGCCCCAGGAGCUGAACCAACAGGCACAGUGGCUGAGCCAGGGGCCCCAGUGGCCAUGAACCAACUCUUGCUACAACUGAGGGAGGAGCUGGCUGCAGUUUGGCGAGAAAAGGAUGCUGCCCGUGGGGUUUUGUCAAGACCAGUCCUGGAGGGAGCUCUGGGGACACCUCGAGCUGAGGCUGCAGCAGCUGCCUGGGAGAAGAUGGAGGCCAGGUUGGAGCAGGUGCUGGUGAGGCUGGAUCGGGCAAAGGCAGGACUACAGGUGAAACCUGAGGCCCCUGUCCAGGAGUCCAGGGAGGGAGGCCCAAAGGCAGGCCCAGGGACCAUCACCAAAGAGGAUGAAGGCAAGGACAAAAGGGCUCCUGGGGCCAGGGGAGAGCCUGGAAGUUCCGGGAAGGGAGUUCCGGGAAGGGAACAGAUGCCAGGAGGAGGCCUGGCAAAGGGACAGCUGGAGAAGGAGGUGUCCGCACUGAGACUGAGCAACAGUCAUUUGCUGGAGGAGUUGGGGGAGCUGGGGCGGGAGCGGCAGCGGCUGCAGGGAGAGCUGCAGUCCCUGGGCCAGAGGCUGCAGCAGGAGUCUGUGUCCAAGCCAGAAGCGCAGGUCCAGCUACAGCAGUUGCGGCGGAGUGUGGGGCUGCUGACAGAUGAACUGGCCAUGGAGAAAGAGGCCACGGAGAAGCUACAAAAGCGCCUGGCCUCCCAGACCAGUGACCUCCGCGGGCUGUGGGACUGCCUGCCCCCAGACCUACUGGGCUGCGGGAGUGCACGGAGCUCAGCGGCCAGGCCUCUGGAGGAGCUGCGGGCCUGUAUCAGCACCCUGGUGGGCUGGCACCGGGAGGCCCAGCAAGUGCUGGCUCGGCUAGAAGAGGAAAACCAGCAGCUGAGGGGCUCUUCUGCUCCACGAGGGGAGACAGGCGGGUACUCAAAGGCCCCAGCAUCCCCCGAAGUGGCUGCCCUGGAGCAAGACCUGGGGAAGCUGGAGGAAGAGCUGCGGGCCGUUCAGGCCACAAUGGGUGGGAAGAGCCAGGAAAUCGAGAAGCUGAAGCAGCUGCUUUACCAAGCCACAGAAGAAGUGGUGGAACUGAGGGCCCGGGAGGCCGCCAGCGUGCGGCAGCACGAGAAAACUCGGGGUUCACUGGUGGCCCAGGCCCAGGCAUGGGGCCAGGAGCUAAAGGCUCUCCUGGAAAAGUAUAACACAGCUUGCCGGGAAAUGGGUCAGCUGCGGGAGGCGGUGGCCGAGGAGCGCCGGAGGAGCGGGGACCUGGCUGCACGCGCUGCGGAGCAGGAGCGCCGGGCCAGCGAGAUGCGUGGGCGUUCGGAGCAGUUUGAGAAAACAGCAGAACUGCUGAAAGAGAAGGUGGAGCUUCUCACUGGGGCUUGCUGGGACAAGGAGGCCAAGAUCAAGGAAUUGUUGAAAAAGCUGGAGCAGCUUUCAGAGGAGGUCCUAGCAGUUCAGGGAGAAAAUGCUUGCCUUGCCCUGCAGCUGCAGGAUUCCCAGAAGAACCACGAAGAGAUCAUCUCUACCUAUAGAAAUCAUCUGCUGAAUGCUGCUCAGGGCUACAUGGAACAAGAUGUGUAUAAUAUCCUACUGCAAAUCCUCAGCCUGCAGGAGGAGUGAUGCAGCCCAUGCCCCGAUGAGGUCUCCUGAAUAAGAACAUCCCUGGUUGAGAGAGGCUCCAUUAGGCUGUGGUGGGUGGCAGGUUGGCCAAUAGGGAUGGUGUAGGUGGGGUUGCACCUGCCAUUGUGGACCCAGACCUGAGAACCUGGACCCUGGAAUCAACACGAAUAAGACUAGAGGAGGUGUGAAUGGAAGCAGCUCUAUGGAAAAUAAAGCAGGAGGCAGUGUG